AUGUUGAUAACGCUACGAUCGGCGGAACUUACUAUCAGGACUAAAACACGAAUCAGCCGUAUUCCGACCCAUACUACUCAACUCCGCCCCAGAGAAUCUCCCGCGCAAUUCAGGGCAACGGUCCCGUGGAAGAUGUGA